AUGAAUGAACAAAUGCAGCGUUUGGUCCAUGAGCCCGACGAAAGACCUAUUGUCAGCGCCAAACAAAACGCCAUGCCCCGACUGAUCUGGAAAAAGGGUGCCUUGGUGAUUAAGGCCCUUCCCCAAACGGAUUUGAUUAAAGCGGACAAGAAAGCCAUCACUGACCUUUUCAUCAACCUGGACAUUGCGCUCAAGUUUGGGUUGGUGGUCGAAAAGACCAGUCAAGGCAGGACCUGGUAUCCAUUGGGGCCCAAUAUGCAAUACACGCUGCCUACCAAGACGUACGAUUCGACCACCCAACCCGCCGGCAAUCAGUUUCGCAGGGCCUACAACUGGGAAGGUGCGCAGUACAUGGGUGUCAAUCCCACCUUAAUGUUUGGCGAUAUUGUAGCCAGUAUUGAACAUGAUCCCAUGCAAGUGGUGACCCAGGAUGGUGUGAAGUUUUUGCAAUUGUCCUUGAUAGUGGAAUGGCAGUUGAAUAACCUGGAUGCCUCGUUUGAAAAGAUCGUGGAGACUCGCAAACGUACCGUCAUGGUCUAUUCGGAUCUCGUCGAAUCCACCGUGGUGAGCAGUGGCAAGUAUCCCCUGUUACGGGAAGUGCAAUUGUUGAGAACCGGCGAUGGGGAAAGUACGGCAGAACCCUUGCACCACCAAUGGAUCAAAGUGCGAGGAAAUCAACUAGAGAUCUUGGAAGUGGAGAUUGCCAGUACCAGUGGACCCCUGGCCAUCUUACCCCCGGGCAAAACCCUGGUGACCAUUGGUCUCAAACAACUAUAA